CCGGCACACCAUUAUUUCGUAAGCCGUGGGAUGUUCUAGGCUCCAAGACCACCCUAUCGUAUUUGUGUAUAUAAUAGGACCUUGCAGUGUGUAAGAGUAAGAGGAAGCAUCGACCAUCACACAUAAGUCACCAUGGCUCCCCUUGUGCCAUUAUUGCUGCUGCUUCUCUUGUCUAGCUUCUGUAGUACAUCGUCGUCUCUCGACCUUGUCCAUGGAGCAGCCAGCGUCGAGGAGGAGCUCAGCAACUACGUCGUCGUGGAAACUAGCUCGCUCGAGCCAAGCCCCGUAUGCCAAGGCCACAGGGUGAGCCCACCGGCCAGCAGCAACCUUACCGGCGGCGGCUGGGUGCCGCUGAGCCGUCCUCAUGGCCCAUGCUCCUCGGCGGGUGACAGGGCGGCGCCGCCGUCCUCCGUUGCUGAGACGCUCCGGUGGGACGAGCACCGUGUCAGCUACAUCCAAAGGAAGCUCUCGGGCGCGCCCCUCGAGACACCCCAGUCUGACCAGACGGAUACCCAGCCCGCCUCGCCCUUCGGAAUUGGAGGACCAAAGGGGACGUCCGACGUUUCUCCGGCGGCCACCGGCGGCGGGGGGAAGCUGCCUGGAGUGACCCAACACAUGCUGCUCGACACGGCCAGCGACGUGCCGUGGGUACAGUGCGCGCCCUGCCCACAGCCGCAGUGCUACCGACAGACGGACGUCACCUACGACCCAAGCAAGUCCGGCACCUAUGCCCCCUUCCCCUGCAGCUCCUCCGUCUGCCGCCAGCUCGGACCCUACGCCAAUGGCUGCACCGGCGCAGGCAACACCGGCCAGUGCCAGUACCGCGUCCAGUACCCCGACGGAUCAUCCACCUCCGGCACCUACAUCUCCGACGUGCUCACCAUCAACCCCACCCCCGCCGGCACCGUCGGCAGCUUCCGCUUCGGGUGCAGCCACGCCGUGCAGCGCCCCGACCUCUUCAGCAACACCACCGCCGGAAUCAUGUCUCUCGGCCGGGGCGCGCAGUCGCUGUCCUCCCAGACAAAGGGAACCUACGGCAACGCCUUCUCCUACUGCGUCCCGCCGACGACGAGCCACAACGGCUUCUUCAUCCUCGGCGUGCCGAGAAUCGACGCCUCCAGAUACCUGCUCACGCCGAUGCUCAAGAGCAAGAUGGCCCCCUCGCUCUACCUCGUCCGCCUGCAGGCCAUCAUCGUCGCGGGUCAGCCGCUCGCCGUGCCACCGAUGGUCUUCGCCGCCGGCGCCGUGAUGGACUCCCGCACCGUCAUCACGCGCCUCCAGCCAACGGCGUACCGUGCUCUGCGCGCCGCGUUCAGGGCCCAGAUGGGCGCGUACCGCGUCGCCCCAUCCACGGGCCAGCUGGACACCUGCUACGACUUCACCGGCGUCCAAAACGUGAGGCUGCCCAAGAUCUCGCUUGUGUUCUACAGCCGGCGCAACGGCGGCGCUGCCGUGGAGCUUGACCCGUCGGGGGUGCUGUUCAACAGCUGCCUCGCGUUCGCGUCCACCGGCGGCGGCGACGGUUCCACCGGUAUCAUCGGCCACGUCCAGCAGCGGACUAUCGAGGUGCUAUACAACGUAGGCGGCAGUGCCGUCGGGUUCCGCCGUCGCGCGUGCUGAGCACCUAUUACCGUUUGAGCUCUUGGGGCAUAUCUAUCGGGCCUUUAACCUAUGGCCGUCAAAAUAAGCCCGUUUGAUUAGUGUUCUGCAUGCUGUAUCUCCCUUUACAUGUAAUUUGUGUGUGAUUUAUCGAUUGUAAAAGCUUAUUGUAUGAAAUGAAACUUAAGGUUUAUUUUUA